AAAGUACCUCAUUUCCUUCGAACCAAACAAAGGGUUAAUUAACGAAAAGUAGGAGCACUAGAAGAAUUUUUUUGAUCGAAUUAAAUGAGAUAUUUUUUUCUUUUUCUGUUCAAAGAUAGUAGUAACGAUGUAACCCAAAGUAGAAGAAUUUUUCAACCACAGAAUUUGAGUACUUUUAUUUUUCUUUCAAACAUUAGGUACUACCACACAUACUAUAGUCUAAUUCAUUCAUAAAGAUAUUUUUUGAUUGAUUGAUUAUAGUAUAUGAUAUUUAUUUUCCCGGAAUAUACAUUUCUUGCUCUGCUAUCUUUCCUUCCUUCCUUAUGAAUUUCUCAUCAUAAUGAAUGAUAAAUAACCGUCAUGUAUAGAAACUAAAAUCAUACAAUUAUUAUUACUUUUUACUUUUCCUUUUUCUAUUUCUUUCUCACUGCAAUGAGUAGUAGUAAUAAAAUGUUGAUUACCAUUAGUAAUUUGGAAGAAGCUGUAGUGAAGAACAUGUUAAACCAAUUUGUGAAGGUGAAGAAGAAAUCAAGGAUUUCAUACUUGCUUAUUCUCGUUUUUAUUGCUUGGUUUAUUCACAAAUGGAUCUUCUCUUUCUCCAAUUUCCUUCCAAUUGCACUCCUUCUCUUUGCAUCUACUCAAUAUGGGAAUUACCAGCGGAAACUACUUGAAGAGGACUUGAACAAGAAAUGGAAUCGUAUCAUAGUCAAUACCUCGCCUGUCACACCAUUGGAACAAUGUGAGUGGUUGAAUCUACUGUUGUCACAAAUCUGGUCCAACUAUUUUAAUCCUAAGCUCUCAAAAAGGUUAUCAGCCAUAGUAGAGAAACGUUUAAAGCUGCGGAAACCAAGAUUUAUAGAAAGAGUUGAGGUGCAGGAAUUUUCACUUGGGUCACGCCCUCCCAGUUUGGGCCUUCAAGGGAUGAGAUGGUCAACCUCUGGUGAACAGCGAGUCCUGAAAAUGGGUUUUGAUUGGGACACGAGUGAGAUGAGUAUUUUGAUGGUUGCUAAGCUGGCUGUUGGUACUGCCAGAAUUGUGAUUAACAGUCUUCAUAUCAAGGGUGAUCUUCUUGUGACACCAAUUCUAGAUGGAAAAGCACUUCUGUAUUCAUUUGUAUCAACACCUGAGGUUAGAAUAGGAAUUGCUUUUGGAAGUGGAGGAAGCCAAUCAUCCACUGAGUUGCCUGGUGUUUCUCCUUGGCUGGUUAAACUUUUUACCGACACUUUGGUAAAAACCUUGGUGGAACCUCGGCGCCGCUGUUUCAGUUUGCCUGCAGUUGAUUUAAGGAAACAUGCUGUUGGAGGCACAAUAUAUGUUUCAGUGAUUUCCGCUAACAAACUUUCUAGUAGUUGGCUCAAGAGGAGGCAACAAAAUGGCACAGGCGAUGGCUGUUUAGAAGACAACUUGCGUGACAAAGACUUGCAUACAUUUGUAGAGGUAGAAGCGGAGGAGCUGACAAGGAGAACAACUGUGAGCCUUGGUUCAGCUCCAAGAUGGGAUACAACAUUUAAUAUGGUUUUACAUGAUAAUACAGGAAUAGUUCGCUUCAAUCUUUACGAGUGUCCCCCUGACAGUGUGAAGUAUGACUACCUUGCAUGUUGUGAAAUCAAGUUGAGGCAUGUUGAGGAUGAUUCAACAAUAAUGUGGGCAAUAGGGCCUGAUUCUGGUGUAAUAGCAAAACAUGCAAAGAUUUGUGGAGAGGAAGUUGAAAUGGUUGUCCCUUUUGAGGGGGCCAACUCAGCAGAGUUAAAGGUGAGAAUUGUAGUGAAAGAGUGGCAAUUCUCUGAUGGUUCUCAUAGCUCGACCAACCUCCAUGCCAGUCCUCCUAAAUCACUUAAGGGAUCAUCAAAUCUUCUUUCAAAAACUGGAAGGAAACUUAAGAUAACUGUUGUGGAAGCAAAGGAUCUAGCCACGAAUGACAAAUUUGGAAAAUUUGACCCUUACAUUAAGUUGCAGUAUGGAAAGGUUGUCAUGAAAACAAAUGUUGCUCCUCCUCCUACUCGUCCAACUCCUGUCUGGAAUGAGACAUUUGAAGUAGAUGAGAAUAGUGGUGAUGAAUACCUAAAUGUGAAAUGCUUUAGUGAGGAAAUUUUUGGAGAUGAAAACAUUGGUAGUGCACAUGUAAAUUUGGAAGGACUGAUAGAAGGGUCAAUCAGGGAUGUGUGGGUCCCACUUGAAGGAGUGAAUUCUGGUGAAUUAAAACUUAAAAUAGAAGCAAUUAGGGUUGACGACAAAGAGGGGUCAAAGGGUCCGGCGUCAUGCACGGUUAAGGCUAAUGGUUGGAUUGAACUUGUUCUUAUUGAAGGAAGGGGUCUUAUUGCUGCUGAUCUUAGAGGGACAAGUGAUCCUUAUGUGAGGGUAAACUAUGGAAACUUGAAGAAAAGAACAAAGGUUGUACACAAAACUCUCAACCCUCGAUGGGACCAGACCUUAGAAUUCAAAGACGAUGGAAGUCCCCUGAUACUGCAUGUGAAGGACCAUAAUGCUUUACUACCCACAUCAAGUAUAGGUGAAUGUGUUGUAGAAUAUCAAACGUUGCCUCCAAACCAAAUGUCCGACAAGUGGAUACCUCUCCAAGGGGUGAAAAGUGGUGAGAUCCACAUCCAAAUCACAAGAAAAGUUCCAGCGAAGCAAACAAGACAAUCUUCAGACUCUGAACUUUCUUUGACUAAAUUACAUCAGAUUCCAAGCCAGAUGAAGGAAAUGACGAAAAAGAUUCAGUAUUUAAUAGAGGAUGAAAAUCUGGAAGAACUAUCUACAACUUUGAGUGAGUUAGAAACACUAGAGGAUACACAAGAAGGGUAUAUAGUCCAGUUGGAGACUGAGCAAAUGCUUCUUAUCAGCAAAAUAAAUGAAUUGGGCCAAGAGAUCAUCAACUCUUCUCCUUCCCUCAAAAGAAGUUGAAAUUGAUUCUUAUCAGCAUUGUUAUUUCUCCAUGUAAAAUAUUCUUCGUGGGAAUCGUCACCAACAGAUUAUGUACAUGUUUAUCCAAGUCUUCUCCUAGCUACCCUCCACAGACCACAAUCCACAUAAUAGUGGUAGAUUGGUUGUAGCAUAUAAGUACAUGUUAUUAUUUUGUUUUUAAAAAAAGAGACAAGAGUAUACAAAUACAUAUAGAUCCGUUGAUGACUGUAAUUACAACAUAAUAUUUUUUAGGGUAUAAGGUGUUUUUAGUACGUGUAAAAUUGGAGAAUUUGGGUUUUAGUCCCUUUAAAAUAAUUUCCUCCCUUUUCGCCCCUGUAAAA